UAUGCAUUGUUUUGUGAUCCAGUCAGAUCAACUUCAUCUCCUAGCCGACGGGUUGUACAACAUGAUUCUGUGACCCGAUGCUCUGGAUGAAAAUGAUUUAUCUUCAUCCCGUUGCCAUGCAAUGAGAACGACGUUGGUUUGUCCGUGGCUGGACGGACUGAUGGAAAUGAAUAUCCACUGGAGGAAAAGCUGUUUUCAUUAGCUUGAAGUGUGCAAAGCAUCAUCAAAGAUUCAGGUCCCUCCUGCAUGAUGAGGUCGGCUGUCUGCAGGUUGCUUUUGAAGGCUCAGGCAUAUGCUGUCUCAAAUGCAAGCACCUUCCCAUUCUAACAUCAGACUGACUUCACUCGAAAGAGUCACUGUGAGUUCGUGUGGAUUUUUAUCAUCAUUGUCACGACCUUCACUCCAUCAAAGGAGCAGGAGCGAGCGAACAUGGCAACACCUCUAAGAUACACGAUUCUAAGGUUUUGGGCGGUUUACUUGUAAUACUCUCCGUAAUCGCCGUCUGUGUCAAAAUGCGCAAUUGGAGGAAAAACAACCAGUUUGAAAAAAGGGCCGCAGAAGCUCGCGCUGAAAGGGGGGAGAUGAUUCUAGCCGGCAGAACAAGCGACGAUAUCCCCUUUGGCAUACGUGCAUUGGCAGAAGAUCCAGACGUCGAAGGAGUUUGGAAUUCACGAACGCAUACUCCUCUUCACGGCCAUACGCCGCAACCAGAUCGCCCGGUUGCAAGCCUGCAUCCUGCCAGUCAACCCAAGCGAGAUCCUCCUGCAUCCUCAAUCGAGCAACCCGCAACCGCACACAACGGAUUGAACUCACCAAAUGAGUUGGAGCCACUUGCAAACUCAAUUGCAAGACCUGAUGGUUCCUCGACACCUCGAACAAGAUCCAAGAAGUUUGUCAUCAAUUACCAAGGACCUUAUUCUCGAUCCGACGCUGCAGAACUUGAUCCAGGUCGCAAUUCGAACACAACCGAACCGAGAUUGAGCAUUUCUCCUUCAAAAAUGUACCUGCAUCCCAUCACAGACCGACCUCCCCUCAACGGACGCAAAUUUGUCAUUGGCAACGGACGCAAGACCAUAUAUGGACCUCACAGACGGGAAGCGCAGUCUGAAGCAAACCCACUUGAGCGUAUGGAAGCGCAUCGGAGAUUUCAUGCCGCAGAAAGCGGACAGUUGCUGCCCAGAUCUCGUCGUCGGCAUACGGACCUUGCAUUGACAACGGCUCUUGCACCAUCUGCGUCUGACAGUGAAGAUAGCGACUCCUCCAGCCAAUAUAUGUCCUGGCCUCGUGGCACAGCAAACAUCAACCUGGGCAAGCAACUGUCUCGCAUGGCAGAAAGAAUGGAAGGUCCGAAGCCUGUUCCUUUUCGAGCCUUUGUCGAAUCUUUGCCCACGACGAAGCCCCCUCCAUCGGCUUGGACGGGCAAGACCCAAGCCAGAGUCGACGCCAAAUUGCCGGCUUCAUCUAAAGGGAGUGAUACUGCUUCCAAGGUCUCGAUGCAUACACCGAAAUCGUCAAUCAGCUCUGCUACAACUGCUCCAACUUCUCCCACGGAUUCGGUUUCAAUCGCGAAUACUCGGACUCGAAAGAUCAAUGACGGAUUUGAAGUCCUUCCUGCCGGUGCAUUGGAGAAGGGGCCAAAAGUGAAGGAAUUUGGAUUGUGGCCAGAGAACCACAAUGUUUCCAAGAAGCCUAAGAAGCUGCAAAAGCGGUCACGAUCCAAUUCUGGAAGCCGUCGAAGCUCAAUGGAAAGUCGAAGAUUUAGUGGCGAGAGCUUUCGCUUACCCGUCUUUUGAGCGGCGAGAGAGAUUGAGCUUGCUGGGUGGCAUUGAUGUUUGAAUACGAUUAUAUUGGCUUUGGAUCCACGGAAGAUCGAAACACUGGGCUUGUCAUGGGGAGUCGAGAACUGGCAGAGUACCGGUACGGCCGCGUAAUGAGGGUGUAUUGUGGCUCGAGGACGACUUCUGUUGGCAUACUCGUUCGCUCUUUGGCUUUCAGGAUGGUGAUGGUGCCGUGUCUGCUUUGGUACUAGGACUGCAACACAGGUUACUCAGAGGUGUACAAUACUAGAUUGGACUAUCACUGAUUUCGAGGAGGGUAUCAAGCCGAAACCCCGAACUCCUUUUGAAGCAGUGUGUAGCGUCUGUAGUCAUCCGCU